AUGUCGACCGCGUACCCUCCGCGGCUAGUGAAAUAUCUCUUCAGCUCAAAGAAACAGCGCGAUGCGGCCAGGACUACUCCCAUGAAACCCGGCUUCUAUGGCAAUUUCCCCUCUACCUUCGGACUCUACUACCUCGGCCACGGCACCGACUUCCUCUCCCUCAACUUCCUCCUCGCCACCCUCCCCUCCUCCACCGACAGCGACCCGCAGCGCCAGGACCUCUACGCUGUCACCUUCCACAAAGGCCCCGGCACCGUCCAAUGCACCAUCUACUCCUCCCUCACCCACGGCAGCACGCCCCUGGCCGUCGCCACGAACGAGAAACGCUACGGCAAUCACGAACUCAUCAACUUGCCUCCCAGCUCCGGAAACUCGGGGCCGAGGACAGAGAGACUGACGUCCAGCGGGUUCGCGUCGAACGCGCACACGUUCGUCUGGGAAGGCGAGCAGUUUGAGAUUCGCGAGGAGCCGAAGAAGAGGCCGAAGACGAUUAGGGUCGUGCAUGUUUCUGCGCCGUCCGCGGCGUCGUCGGACGCUCAAGGCGAGGAAGGGAGGCCUGUUGAGCCGAGCGGCAAGCACGAAGAAACAGUCACAACAUGGACCGAAGGCUCGAUUCCAAACCGCGAAGGCCGGCUGGCCAUCUUCAAAUUUGCGGAGAGUAAUCCUGUAGAGAGGUUUGGGGAGGCGUGGGGGUUGUUUUGCGUGGUGGCGACGCUGGCGAUUUGUCAGAGGGGGGCGGCUAUUGAAGGCACACGAUCGUGGCAUGAGGAGAAGAUGCUUGAGAAGGGGAACUUUGGGAAGUAA